AUGGACUUGACACCCAAACAGCUACACUAUUUCAAACGCGAACUGGUUACCUUGCAAUUCCAGCAUGAAGUGGACCAGCUGCAACGAGACGCUGAUCUAGGCUCUAUAUUGGACGAUGCACCCUGGGGCGACGGUUGCCAUGCCAAAGACGACGGCGAUGCCGUGGACCAACCAUUCCUACGAUACCUCUUCAAGCAUCUUGUUACCCAGUUCCCUUUACUGAAAAACGAACGUCAGAAAGAAUUUUGGCAGCACUGUCAGACGUUUCUCAACGAGUUUAGCAAACAUCACUUCCCCACUUAUGUUCCUCAACGAGGCGCAGCGUCCGAACGCAUGGCGACGGUCCGCAAAAUGGAGAAGAUGCUGAUCAUUGCGUUGUGUGCUAGUAUCAAGACCAAGCAAGGUGCAGAAGAAAGUGUUUUUGUCCUACCACAGAUCCCCAACAAAGCCAACAAUCCAUCGCCGGAAUCCACCAUUGACCAAGAAAAGAAGCCCGUCAAGGACAUAUGGUACGAUGACAUGAAUGUCAAAAUAGCGACGGUUCGAUCGUCGGUGGAAAAACGUCGGUCGUUGCGCGAAACACAUCAUGCUGAGUUUGCCAUCUGCAGUUACACAGACGAUGGUGAAACUGUGUACGUGCUUCGCCGCCACGGGCAAUUUCGGCAUUGGAGAGAACAGCUGAAAUCGACGUUUCGUCAUAUUGACAUCCCUCCCGUGCCCCGCAAAGCAGCCGAUCGAUCAAAGGACCCUUUAUUAUAUCGAGAAAAAGAUCGAAUGCAAUUACAGGGCUUUUUACGUCGUAUCUUGGCCCAUCCACAGUUAGCAGCAGCUGAUGUCACUCGAGAAUUUCUAAUGGCUCAUCCGGUCCAGCUUUCCGCAGACGAAUUAGCCAACUGUGAGCACCGCGCACGUCUGGAUCAGCAACGUGCAGAAGAAGAAAAGAAAGUUCGGGAGCAGGUCGACCACAAAAUUUUGGAAUUGAACGAACUGCUGGACAUGCUAAAGAAGCAAAUCAUGCAACCCGGGGGUCUAAUGGAAAUUUUCAAAGUGAUCAAAACAACGGAAUCCAUCCAAGAUCUUCCUCUGGCUCUGAAAAAAACAUUUGAAUGGGGAAGAAUCAAUUUUGCGUUUACGCUCCAUAAACAGUUUAUUACGUCGGAUGCAGCCAUGGAAAACAUCACCAACCUUAAACGCACACAUGGGUUAAUGCCUUACCGAACGAUUGCCAUGAUUCUUCGAUUUUCCAAUCCAAUGAUGAUGUUAAAGGGAAUGUUUGACGUCUUUUUGGCACAACCUUUUGGUAGUCGCAGUUUAUUCCAAAGGAUUCUGUUGGCCAACAUGAAUGAAGAGAUGAAAAGCUUGGAUAAGGAUAUGGAAUCGUUGGAAGCGAAAAUCGAUGAUCCCAUCAUCUGUCGCAAGAUUUAUAAUGCGGUACGCACACCAUUUCUGGAAGAAAAAAGCUGCGCGAAUCCAUUGGCCUCCAUUUGCACGUCGAGAGAUGAGACAUUGGCGAUACUUCGAAAUAAUUUGAUCGAUCCGCCAUUGGAUUCGAGUCAAAUCGCCAAAUUGACGUUGAUUGAACAAAGUUCGGCAAAGGAGAGCCGGCAAUGGAUCAAGCGUGUGCAUCGGUUGUGGAUCAUUUAUGCAAAGCAAUAUGAACAAGAAAUGGCAAUGAACCUCAUCUUCCAAGGUGUCACAGGUGAAUUACUGAAAGAGUUGUUUUCCAUCUUUUACUAUCCGUUGGCGCAAGUGUACAAGGCUGCCGAUAUCAGCACCACGAUUCGUCAUCUUGCCACGUUCCUCGAUGAUCUCAUCCGUGUGAUCGAUUCCCUGCAACCUACCACGACGGCCGAAAACAGUAUUCAGACCAUGAUCGACUUGGUUGAACGGCACGAGCAGCACUUUUACCAGUUUGUGCACAAUGUGCAUGCGCAAGAUACGUCGCAUCUUUUUGAUGAUCUCCUUGGUUACAUCGACCAUAUUUUUGCAUUCAUGUCUCAAGGAAUUCCCGGUCGCGUGGAUUUGGACGGCCUUGUAACACAUCUCAGCAAAGAGGAAAAAGAAUGUCUGCGUGAAGAAAUUGAUGCUUUAUGCGAUCUUCGUAUUCAGCAAAAGACGCGUCAUUUGGAGAAAAUGCGAGAAAAGAUGAUGACCAAGGAAGGCAAAGCUCCUGCGGCCCUUGAAGACAUCGAAGAGCAAGAAGAAGAAAACAUGGAACUCCUGCACCUGUUACCACGCGACAGUGAAAUGCAGGGCGCUCUUGAAGAUCUAGCGGAACUGGAAUACGAAGAUACGGAAAGCAGCGACAACGAUCUGAGUGUAGCCGACAGUGAUGAACCUGGAGAGAGCAUGGAACAUUCCAGCGCCACAAGUAGCCCUUCAUCCAAACCCAGCUCAAGGUCAUCCAGCAACAGCAGCGCUUCCUCGCUUGAUACCUCCAAACCCAAGAAAUUUGUAAUAUUACCUACUCUCGUACCAGGUUUUGUCCAGUCCGUUGUCGCUUUAAUGAAAGGUGACUUGCCAGAGUAA